AUGCCGGCCUGGGAAACAGAACAACGUCUUCCAUCGUUCGUGGGCGCCGGAGCUCCUAUGGUCCCAUAUGGCCAGUUGAAGAAAUACUUCUGGGGCAAUAUGCCCGCACUCGAUGUCUUAGCCCUGGACCGCAAUGAGGGAUGCUCUUAUGGUCACGACUUGCAUGUGUUGUUUGCGGCUUCUGGAGACAUCCGUAAUGUGUUGAAAACUGUUGCUUGUCUUCCUGAUGAGUAUCAACAGUCUAUCUCCCUGACUCUGAACGACCGGGAUUUUGAUAUUGCCGCACGGAACCUGAUCAUACUCCUUGCUGCGAUGCAGAUCGACAAAGACCCCGACGAUAUCGAAACUAUCAUCCACGUUUGGUACUCGGCGAAACUCCAGUCUAGUCAACUACGUCAGCUGCAAUCCUCGAUUCUUCCACUAUUUCAAAAGGUUUGUGCAAAGAUUAAGGACAAACCGAACGGCACACUCUUGGGAAAGACUUGGACUUUCGGAUUUAGAUCUCUCCGCGUGACUUUGUCCAAGGAGAAAUGGAUGCUCCUCCCCUCUUUUCUAGAGGUUCCCAACGGCUUGUCUUGCAGCCUGGCCGACAAAAUUCGACAAGGCACAACGCUUGCGCAUGAGCGGCGAGACUACCGGGACCGGAAUAUCCUCUUACAGAAACCUCCUCAUCGCGUGUGCAAGCAGAGAUUCCGCGAAGAUGGAAUUCUAUUGUCCUUUUCCCAGCCUCGCCAAGCAUUCGACACUCCGAAUCCUACUUUCUACCAGAACAAAGAGCAAUGGCCAAUGAAGGACUCGGCAGACCCUUUUGAUGGAUGGGAUCUCCGUUCUGUCCUCCAAAGCUCCUAUGAAUCCGCCGCCAACGACAUGUAUGGCAAACUGUUUAACCAUCUAAGAGAUCUUCUGUCCUCAUUCGCCAGACAAGCCGCGUCGCGAAAGAUAGCGUUCGAGCUCUUCAACGUGGACGUGACGGAUCUCUCGAGACAUCUUGAUGGUCGACAGUUUGCACGUAUUGAGGUCUCUAACAUUUCGGAUGGCGGUUACCUUGGAGUAGCUCGCACACUCUACCUGCUCAGUCCAUUCUUGCAAAAGCACAUUGACAAUUCUCACGCGACAAUAAUAACGCUUUUCAUGAAUGCCGUAGCCGAAACGGUCCAUCUGAGUCCUGCAAAGCGUCCCGAGAUAGAAUCUCUCGUGAUGAAAGUGUCGCAGUAUCUUCCGGCCACACGUCCGCCACUCUCGGAAUAUGACCCUGAGGUGAUUCGACGGAUCGCGGCUCACGACCUCGUUCGUGACAAUGACAAAUACUUCGAAAUAUAUAUGAGAGAAGAGCACUUCGGAGAGAUUGGACGCCAUUUGGGCUUGACAAUGGAACGACCGCACACAAUCAUCGAGGAGUGGCCCAUGAGGCUCAAGUCACCGCCGAAGCAGGUCGGGGCGAAAGAAGAGUUUGAGAUUCUGCUUGCCUCGUCCCAUAGUGGAGCUGAGCGCUACGUGGAGUGGAAGUGGGCAUGA